GCUUCCGGGGUCUGUUUGUCCUCUUAAGGUGGUCUGAAGGAUCCGGAAGAGCAGCGGGAUUCUGAAUCUUAUCGUCUUCAACCGGUUCCGUCUGCGUUCAGACUGUCGGUGUUCUCACCGGAGCAGGUUCCGGACGGACCAGCAGAGGUUCCGGACGGACCAGCAGCUGCUGGGAGUCUGCAGGGUCCACCUUAAAACCACAGACACGUUCCUGCUGCAGCCCUGCAGAGCGGAUCUGAUCUGAUCCUGAUCCGUCCCAUCGAUCCGUCCCAUCGAUCCGUCCCAUCGAUCCGUCCUCGGGGUGGAGAUGGAUGUUCCCGCCGCGCAGUCAGAGCUCGUGCAGCUGCUGAACAGAGUGAACCCGCGGGAACUCCCCAAACUACUGCACUGGAUGAGAAACUCAGAUGAACUGGAUCAGCUGCUGUCAGACAACAACAACAACAACAAAGUGAUCCUGAGGAACAUUUCUGACGACCUGAGAGCCAGUUUACCGCCAAACGCCAUGUUCCCCUCGGAGAGCACCGCCCACUGCAAGAUGCAGCAGUGCUCCCGGCCGACGGUCCACGUGGACAGCUUCCUGUAUGAUGAAGAUCAGGUGGACUCUCUGUGUGAGAACGGAACCAUGAGUCGAUCGUACUGUCUCACCUGUGGAUCCCACAGAACCGCUCCUCUGGACUUCCUGUCUCACUCCUUCUCCAUCCCGGAGCUUCAGUUCCUGUUUGAGAACGUUCUUCCGGACCUGAGUGGCCGGAUGCUGGUGGAUGUGGGUUCCAGACUGGGAGCUGUCCUGUACGGGGGCUAUGUGUUCAGUGCAGCCUCUCAGCUGGUCGGUGUGGAGCUCAGUGAGGACUUUGUGAGACUGCAGGAGGACAUCGUCCACAGAUACAACCUGUCAGACAGAGUGCAGGUUCUCCACUCUGACGUCUGCCUGCAGAACGUUCUGCUGCAGAACGCUGACGUUCUCAUCAUGAACAACGUCUUCGAGUUCUUCAUGGAACCAACAGAACAAGUCAGAGCGUGGAACUUCAUCAUGAAGAACUUCAGGAAGAAAGGAUCUCUGCUGGUGACAGUCCCCAGUCUGCAGGAGAGUCUGAACACACUGCAGCAGGAGGCGGUGCAGCCCGGCUGGGUGGAGGAACUUCCUGUGGACUGUGACGUUUACCUGGGCGCUGACACAGACCCUGACGCUCUCAGACAGAUCCACCUGUACAGGGUCCUCUGAUCCGGACCUGCUGCUGUGGGCUCAGUUUGACUGUUCUGGACCACGGUUCCUAUAAAACAGCUGGACUGGGUUCUGGACCACGGUUCCUAUAAAACAGCUGGACUGGGUUCUGGACCACGGUUCCUAUAAAACAGCUGGACUGGGUUCUGGACUGGGUUCUGGACUGGGUUCUGGACUGGGUUCUGGACUGUGUUCUGUACUGGGUUCUGGACUGGGUUCUGUACUGGGUUCUGGACUGGGUUCUGGACUGGGUUCUGUACUGGGUUCUGGACUGGGUUCUGGACAGCAGCUCUUUAUGGUUCCUCAGGUUCUGCUUUAAUAAAUCCGGUCGUUUCAACCAA